AUGUAUGCGAGGGAGAUAUCGGCAGUGGCAGCAGUUCUGAUUUCUCUACUAGUGGUAAAUCUUUUUGGGUCGCUUGGAAUUAGUUCAGAAUUAAAAGUACGAGUGCGUUUAAGUGAUGGACAAAUUGCAGAGGAGAUUUUGGAAGCAGACAGUGAGAAGGAUUCCAUAACAGUCGAGUUCAAGCAAGGAGAUGGUACUUAUAUUACUGUGGUAUUUGAUUUCAAACGGGUGAGUGAAGUCAAUAUUCUAAAAUGUAAAUAUUUACAACAGUUUUGAAAAACUGUAAUAUGCUACAUAUUAUGUUACUACCAAUGAACAACCACACACACACCAGUACAUUACUAUUAUAUAUAUAUCCUGGACAUUCUAUUAUAAUUGCCUAUCCAUUUUCUAUAGACCUAUAUCUAUUUAUAUAUAUAUGCUGCUGUAUUGCAUACAGUAUGUAUAAAGAUAUAUUUUCAUAAUAAAUAGCUAAGAAAAACAGUCCUCUUGGACAGACUUGAAAUUCUAUCCUAAUUGUUAUUGUCUGUGAACAUAGGCACAUUUCUUUUUUUAGGAUUGACCAUUAUUACAAUAAAUCAAUCAAAUGUAUUUUAUAAAGCCCUUUUUACAAUAGCAAUUGUCACAAAGUGCUAUACUGAUACCCAACCUAAAACCCCAAAGAGCAAGCAAUGCAGAUCUACACGCACAGUGGCUAGGAAAAACUCCCUAGAAAGGCAGGAACCUACAAAAAAACCUAGAGAGGAACCAGGCUCUGAGGGAUGGCCAGUCCUCUUCUGGCUGUGCCAGGUGGAGAUUAUAAGAGUAAGGCCAUUUAGGCCAGAUCGUUCUUCAAGACGUUUCAACAUUCAUAGAUGACCAGCAGGAUCGAAUAAUAACCACAGUGGUUAUAGAGGGUGCAACAGUUUAACACCUUAGGAGUAAAUAUCAGUUGGCUUUUCAUAGCCGAGCAUUCAGAGGUCAAGACAGCAGGUCAGAGAGAGAGAGAAAGUCGAAAUAGCAUGUCCAUGACAAAGUACCACGUCCGGGGAAAAAGGUCAGUGUUCCAUAACCGACAGACAGGAGUAAUCAGGCCAGAAACAGCAGGUCCGGAACAAGGUAGUUUCAUAGCCGCACAGAAGACAGCAGAACUGGAUCGGCGGCACAACUGGGUGGACUAGGGACAGGGACAGCCAGGAGUCGUCAGGCCAGGUAGCGCUGAGGCAUGGUCCUAGGGGUCAGGUCCUCCGGGAGGGGAGACAGAGAGACAGAGAGAGAGACACCCAGGAGCAUUCAAGGGAGCAUGCCUAAGAUCACACAGGACACCAGAUAGGACAGGGGAAUUUGAGAUCACACAUUGCACCAGAUAGGACAGACUGACCCUAGCCCCCUGGCACAUAGGCUAUUGCAGCAUAGAUACUGGGGACUACAUGUGUUUUUCAACAAGGAUAAGUGGUGAACUAGCCCUGAUUGAGCAGGCAUUUGAUAUUACCCUGGCUAAGGAACUUCCUACAAUGGCCCAGGAUAUCCUGACAUUACACACAUUUAAAAUCGUAUAGACAUGAAGAGCAAUCAAUAAGUCAUAAAACUGUUGUCCCCCAUUGGCUUUACUCAGACUGUUGGAAAACUUUCUUAAAGUCCCAGUGGGCUUAUCUGGUUACAGUUAACAGGCACACGCUGCAGGGGGGCAGCACAUAUCUUCUUCUGUCUGGAUCAAGUCAAUUUAGACAGCAGCCCUCCCUCUCUCCAUGCAUGUGCUUCAGAUCUACUCCUGUCAGCAUGACGCAGAUUUAUGGAAAGUUGGAAUCGGUCUGAUGGCCAGCUGCCAGACUGUAGUUACUGUACAGACAGGCGAGCCAGUUCAUCUUGUAGAGGAAACUGUUGAAAAGGUGCAAUGCAUAAAAGGAAGGGGUUAUUUGUCUUCCUAUGGUGUGUAGUGGGGGUGAAGAAAGGGGAACGAGUCUAACUAGAAAAUAACAUCAUUAUUAUCCAAGAAGUAACUGUGCUGUGCAAGCUUCAGAGAAUCCAACAUUUACCAAUUGUUGAAAAUUACAGAUUAAUUGUGGGAUUCUUUUUCAAGUCCUAUUUGCAUCUUUGUUGUUUGUUUCUGGUUCCUCCCCUAUGUCUGCGUAUAAACAGGUGAUUAACAUUUUUGGGCAACCGAAAAUACUCCUGCCUUUCAGACUUUAAUGUCAAUACCAUGACAUUUCAAGACAUAUUUAUUUUUUCACUGGACAGUGAACAUUCUGUGUCCAGUUGUUUGAGGCCUGCCCAACUGGAGUGAUGUUAAAGGUGCCCAAAGACGUUACAGGAUUGUAGACAGUUGCAUACUACCGUAAUGGUGAUCAUGUGGCCCACAAGUUGCAUCCACCUCAGCUAUUGAUCACUAUUAUGGCAUGGCCUUAAGAAACCGAUGUUUUUAAAACAGAAAAAUAUCCAUCUGCCUCAACCCUAGUUGAGAAAUGUCAAUCUCCCCCAUACACCAUCCUCUCCUGUUGAAUUAAUCUCAGUUAAACCAUCGGUGCGAUCCCAAGCCAUCUGUUAGGUUGUGAUGCAAUUGGGAUAAGAGGAAGGGAAAUGGUCACCUCUAAGUUCAUCCCUAUGGGAGCUGCAGUGUGGCCUGUCAUCAGAGGCUCUGUGGUGCAUUUCUUCUGUCUGUCAUUGAGUGGUAUUUACCAUGCCAACCCCCGUGAAGAACCAGGGUGGCAGAACCCAUGCAGGUCAUAUCAGAUUGUAUGCACGAUGAGUCAACUAUGCAUCCCGCACCCUCACCUCAAGCUAUUGGCUGCCACAUGAAAGCUUGUUAGGUUGGGUUGCAGUUUACUAUAGGCUAUCUUUCUACAGCAUCCAGUGCAGUACAGUUAAUGGUAAAAUACAAUAAUUUUAAAAAGUAACAUUUUACAUUGUUUUUUGUUGAUGAUGAUUUGAUCGUGUUGGUGUUCAGUUAAUGCUUUAGUCAAUGUAUGUAAUAGGGUACUUUGUUCAUAGAUUUCUGUAAAGAAAUUGGAUGCUUUGGUUCAUAAGCUGUGGUGGUAUCCUCAACGUGCGCACUAAAUCACCAUUUAGAUAGCUUUGUUUCUGAAUCCUCUGCCGGUGUAAAUCCCUCCUAUUUGGCCAGUCAAUCCCCACAUCAUGUCACACUUUAGCUAUCCUUGGACUAGUGGUCAUGCUAGUCAGUAGACAGUCACUUGUGUCCCAUUGAGAAGUUAGGUAGCCUGGAGCUCAACCAUAAGAAACCUGCCUGGAGUCGAGUGGCACACAUGCCCCUCCAGGAAUGCUCCCAUCCCCUCCCCCACUCUGCGUACCCAUACAUCUGCUUCUCUGGAUGUUCUGCCGUCACAGUGGGGGAAACAAGAGUCCCCCCCCUCCUCCUUCUUCUUGUCUUUUUUAACUCAACUACUCCACAGUUUCCCUGACCUCAUUAUCUGCAUCUCCACCUUAAGGACCAACCGGAGUGUUGUUUGAGUCAUGGUACAUGGUUGACUCAGAGGGAAGUCAACCCAAUGGGCCUGGUAAAUGAAGAGAAGAGAAGAAAAGGACUUGUUCCUUGUUCAGAUAGCCUAGUCUUCCUUUUGUCUGCUCAGUCGACUGGGAUGUUUGCCUCGGCUUUGAGUUCUACUGGGGUUUUUAACAGUUGGGAUAGCCAUUGAGAUGGAAAUAAAGUCAGAGGAGCGUUGGGACGGAUGAGGGUACUAGGGUAGGAUUCAGGUCUCAUGUUCCCAGUGAAGGUCAGGGCAGGUCAGGUCAGUCCUCAUAACAGACAUGACACUUUAUAUAAUAGUUAGUUAUGGGUUAUCCUUAUGCCACACGCAAAGUGGAGUUUUGGCAGCACUUUUACAUGAAGGUGCCCUUACACCACACUUUUGUGACGUUUGUUGCUGAAAUGGAUUCAGCUGAGAACAAUAGCAAUGCAAAGUUUGAUCUUAGUGGAUACUUUCACGUAAGUAACAAGCAUUGUAACAACCAGAUUUUCAUAACAUGCACAUUUUCACGGGACAAAUACAUGACUGCAAUUACUGUCUUGUGUUUAUAGAGCAUUCAACUGUGUGUAAAUCUUUUUGUGGUUAGUUUUGCUUGUAAUAUUACAAACAUUUGGUAUAUUAUACAUUAAUUUACACAUUUGAAUAUAGUAAUUGUAUAUUCAAGGGGCAACGGUAUUCAGUAGCGAAAUAAUAUAAAGCCGUUAUGUGUUCGCUGAUUGGGUGAAAAUGGUGCAUCAAUGUUCUCCACCUUUGACUCUAUCGAAGCUAGCAAGAUAGCUAACCACCAAAGCUUUCUAGGUAACAAGCUAGCCAAAACUAGCUAGCGUUAUAUUUCUCUACCUAGAUACAAUGCUAGUUAGUUUGGCAGCUAGCUAGCUAGCUUUGUUAGUUAGUAUACUAAUAUAAUAUAUUGUAUUUCAGGGGUACUCAACUACUAUUUGAGAAUGUCCGGUACUCAACUACUAUUUGAGAAUGUCUGGUCACACACAUUUUCUGGGUGGCAAAGGUCCAAAUUGAUAUUGUAAUUUAUCGGUGUAAUAACAAACCCGCACCUCGCAACCCAUGCGACCCCAAAUGUUUCUAAUUGCUCACACCCCUCUCUGGUUGGCGGAGAUAACAUUUUGCUGUUUUAAAGCUCAUUUCCUGCAAUUCUACACAUUUUGCCAUGUCUAAUGUGUUUUCAUAUAAUGCCUGAGUGACACAACAAAAUCAAUAGGGGCCCCUUGGGGAUCGAGGCCCCUGGGCACUUAAUCCAGCCAUGAUAACUACAAGAUUUAGAUAGCUAGAUAGCUAGUUAGCCUAACUUAUCUAACAUGGGCUCAUAGUUGAUCAUCUGGACAUUUCUGACUAUAAAUAGCUCCACGUCUGUCAGUGAAUGACAUAACAAGAGGGAAAACUGCCCAUGCACUACCAAAUGUCGAAAUUGCACCUUGUGCAUUCUAUUAUUCUACUAUAAGUCUCAACAGUUCCAAAAAAAUCUGUGUUGAGAACUGCAGUACGUAUUGACCCCGUUCUGGGUUCAGAUCCGUACUGCGGUCUGCUAGUUGAGUAUGGCGCAUUUAUUGUAUCACUAUAUGUGAAUGUAUACAGUAUCCGGUUUGAAUUUCAAAUCAAAUCAAAUCAAAUUUUAUUGGCCACAUGCGCCGAAUACAACAGGUGCAGACAUUACAGUGAAAUGCUUACUUACAGCCCUUAACCAACAGUGCAUUUAUUUUAAACAUAUUUUUAAAAAUAAAACAACAACAAAAAAAGUGUUGAGAAAAAAAAGAGCAGAAGUAAAAUAAAAUAACAGUAGGGAGGCUAUAUAUACAGGGGGGUACCGGUGCAGAGUCAAUGUGCGGGGGCACCGGCUAGUUGAGGUAGUUGAAGUAAUAUGUACAUGUGGGUAGAGUUAAAGUGACUAUGCAUAAAUAAUUAACAGAGUAGCAGCAGCGUAAAAGAAUGGGGUGGGGGGGCAGUGCAAAUAGUCCGGGUAGCCAUGAUUAGCUGUUCAGGAGUCUUAUGGCUUGGGGGUAGAAGCUGUUGAGAAGUCUUUUGGACCUAGACUUGGCACUCCGGUACCGCUUGCCGUGUGGUAGCAGAGAGAACAGUCUAUGACUAGGGUGGCUGGAGUCUUUGACAAUUUUGAGGGCCUUCCUCUGACACCGCCUGGUAUAGAGGUCCUGGAUGGCAGGAAGCUUGGCCCCAGUGAUGUACUGGGCCGUACGCACUACCCUCUGUAGUGCCUUGCGGUCGGAGGCCAAGCAGUUGCCAUACCAGGCGGUGAUGCAACCAGUCAGGAUGCUCUCGAUGGUGCAGCUGUAUAAUUUUUUGAGGAUCUGAGGACCCAUGCCAAAUCUUUUCAGUCUCCUGAGGGGGAAUAGGCUUUGUCGUGCCCUCUUCACGACUGUCUUGGUGUGUUUGGACCAUGAUAGUUCGUUGGUGAUGUGGACACCAAGGAACUUGAAGCUCUCAACCUGUUCCACUACAGCCCCGUCGAUGAGAAUGGGGGCGUGCUCAGUCCUCUUUUUUUUCUGUAGUCCACAAUCAUCUCCUUUGUCUUGGUCACGUUGAGGGAGAGGUUGUUGUCCUGGCACCACACGGCCAGGUCUCUGACCUCCUCCCUAUAGGCUGUCUCAUCGUUGUCGGUGAUCAGGCCUACCACUGUUGUGUCGUCGGCAAACUUAAUGAUGGUGUUGGAGUCGUGCCUGGCCAUGCAGUCAUGGGUGAACAGGGAGUACAGGAGGGGACUGAGCACGCACCCCUGAGGGGCCCCCGUGUUGAGGAUCAGUGUGGCAGAUGUGUUGUUACCUAUCCUUACCACCUGGGGGCGGCCCGUCAGGAAGUCCAGGAUCCAGUUGCAGAGGGAGGUGUUUAGUCCCAGGAUCCUUAGCUUAGUGAUGAGCUUUGAGGGCACUAUGGUGUUGAACACUGAGCUGUAGUCAAUGAAUAGCAUUCUCACGUAGAUGUUCCUCUUGUCCAGGUGGGAAAGGGCAGUGUGGAGUGCAAUAGAGAUUGCAUCAUCUGUGGAUCUGUUGGGGCGGUAUGCAAAUUGGAGUGGGUCUAGGGUUUCUGGGAUAAUGCUGUUGAUGUGAGCCAUGACCAGCCUUUCAAAGCACUUCAUGGCUACAGACGUCAGUGCUACGGGUCGGUAGUCAUUUAGGCAGGUUAUCUUAGAGUCCUUGGGCACGGGGACUAUGGUGGUCUGCUUGAAACAUGUUGGUAUUACAGACUCUAUCAGGGACAUGUUGAAAAUGUCAGUGAAGACACUUGCCAGUUGGUCAGCACAUGCUCGGAGUACACGUCCUGGUAAUCCGUCUGGCCCUGCGGCCUUGUGAAUGUUGACCUUUUUAAAAGUCUUACUCACAUCGGCUACAGAGAGCGUGAUCACAUAGUCAUCCGGAACAGCUGGUGCUCUCAUGCAUGCUUCAGUGUUGCUUGCCUCGAAGCGAGCAUAGAAGUGGUUUAGCUCGUCUGGUAUGCUUGUGUCACUGGGCAGCUCGCGGCUGUGCUUCCCUUUGUAGUCUGUAAUAGUUUUCAAGCCCUGCCACAUCCGACGAGCGUCAGAGCCAGUGUAGUACGAUUCAAUCUUAGUCCUGUAUUGACUCUUUGCCUGUUUGAUGGUUCGUCGGAGGGCAUAGCGGGAUUUCUUAUAAGCGUCCGGGUUAGAGUCCUGCUCCUUGAAAGCGGCAGCUCUACCCUUUAGCUCAGUGCGGAUGUUUCCUGUAAUCCAUGGCUUCUGGUUGGGGUAUGUACGUACGGUCACUGUGGGGACGACAUCAUCGAUGCACUUAUUGAUGAAGCCAGUGACUGAUGUGGUGUACUCCUCAAUGCUAUCUGAAGAGUCCCGGAACAUGUUCCAGUCUGUGCUAGCAAAACAGUCCUGUAGCUUAGCAUCUGCGUCAUCUGACCACUUUUUUAUUAACCGAGUCACUGGUGCUUCCUGCUUUAGUUUUUGCUUAUAAGCAGGAAUCAGGAGGAUAGAGUUAUGGUCAGAUUUGCCAAAUGGAGGGCGAGGGAGAGCUUUGUAUGCGUCUCUGUGUGUGGAGUAAAGGUGGUCUAGAGUUUUUUUUCCUCUGGUUGCACAUUUAACAUGCUGGUAGAAAUGAGGUAGAACGGAUUUAAGUUUCCCUGCAUUAAAGUCCCCGGCCACUAGGAGCGCUGCAUCUGGAUGAGCGUUUUCCUGUUGAUGAGCGUUUUCCUGUUGAUUUAUGGCCUUCAUAUUUAUCUCAUCUCUCUUUUUUGUCAGGAUGUGAGGAUCAUACGAGCUCUGAUCCUGGGGGAGCCGGAGCGAGGACAGAACCAAUACCAGGUGCUGUGCUUCAUCUCACGGCUCAAUCAACACGAGAUCAUCCCCACUGAGUCCAUGGCCCGUCUCAGACAGGUGAGCUGCUGUAACAAACCAUCACCUUCCCUCAUAAUCUAGGCCAUCAUUCCCAUAUAGGGUAUAGGGAGAUGUAACAAGGGACAGGUUUUGGAUGUGGAGGAACAGUACCAAUGGUAUUAUUAUAAGAGACAUUGUGUCACAAUAAACAUGUUAUACAGAUGUCGGAUCUUAACUUGAUCACUGUUUUGUCGCAGAUAGUUUUCCUGCUGCAUCAGGAAAUUUGAAUGAGCCUCGUGAGUCUUGGGGAUCAGGGCUUGCUUUCAAAAUAAUGUUCUCUCUCGAUCGCUCAAAUGCUAGGCCUAGGUCCUAUUACUGCAACAUUCAAAUGUACAAAAUUGUAUCUGAAAUGCAGCCAUACACAUCAACAACCAUCGUUUUAUGUAGCUUAAUAACAUAAGAUCGAUAUUGGUCAACACUAGGCUACGACAUACAAGUGUCCAGUGUAUCCUAAGGUCAACAUUUUGUUCAAUUGUGGUCUGGGGUGGUCUAGUGGUUAGGGCCGCUGCCUUCAGAGCGCACAUAUAGGCCUAUCGUAUCAGCAUUGAUUUGAUUCCGGCCCGCGCCCUUCUGGCACAAAUAACUAAUUUGCCCCGAUUGACUUGAUUUAGUUACACAUUUCAAAUAUCUUGAUAAGUGUCACGACUUCCUCCGAAGCUACCUCCUCUCCUUGUUUGGGCAGGCUUCGGCGUUCGUCGUCACCGGCCUUCUAGCCACUGCCGCUCCUCAUCUCAUCAUUCCAUUUGUUUUGUCUUGUUUUUACACACACCUGGUUCAUAUCCCCUCAUCAGUACCUGUAUAAGUAUUCCCUCUGCCCCCCAUGUCUUUGUGUGUGAUUGUGGAGGUGUCGAUAGCUCGGUGGAGCUUUAUGUACUUAUCGCCGGGAUAUUCACCCGUGUGUUUUGUUUUCUCCAGUGCGCCAUUAUACCGCACUGUAGUUGUUUUACGUAUUGCUGCGUACCGCUGUAUUUGCACAAUAAACCAUUUAUUCUGUGAUUUACCCCUCCUGCGCCCGACUCCGUCCAAAACACCCGCGACAAUAAGAAAUGACCACACUAGACACUUUUGAAUAACAUAAAUAGGAAAUGAAUAAAAUAAUAACAGUAGGCUACACCAAUAUUAGUUCCCAUUCAUACAAAGUGUCGGGUAAAUUACCAUAGUAGAUUUGCCGUGGUAAACAAUUUCUGUGUUUUAUAGUUAGGCUAUGUAUAAUUUGUCAAUGUAGUUCUGGUCUUUGGUGUGGAUUGAAAACUUGUAUAGUGCGGCUUUAUUAUUUCAUUUCGUAAAGCUGUCAAGAUGUUUAUGCAUUUGAGCCUAUCCAUAGAUGAUUUUGUUGAGCUGAGAUACUUUUCUUUGAUGUGUAAAUUAUCAGAGUAUUAAUUUUACUUCUUGAAAACAUUUAAAUAAAUGAAAUGAACUUGUGGGCCUAAUGUAGGCUCAGGCUGGUCACUGGAGCCGGAGCACGCUGCUUAGACAAGCACUAAGAAUACUAGGAAGAAUACUGAUGAUGAAUACUGCAGGCGAGUCGUUUGAAUUAUUUACCCCAAACCAUAGCCCUAACAUUAACCACUUGGAAUUAAUGCCUAAACUGUUAACCUUUGAGUUGUUUCUGUUUUAACCCUGUAACCACGCGGAAUUAGCCCUGUAACCACGCGGAAUUAGCCCUGUAACCACGCGGAAUGUGUCAAAAAUAGACAUCCAUGAGUCAAAGGGCAGUGGGCCGGAUUCAAACCAAUGCCGACUCUGACAAAUGUGUGCCGGGGUCAGUGGCUGUAAACACUGGACCACAUAGGCACUGAGGAAUUCAAUCAUUUAUUCUGCCUAGUGCUUGCCUUCAAAAAACCAUAAAACAAUUGAUACAAAAAAAAUAUAUAUUCCCUAACGAAAAAUACUAAUAUGUAAAUGAAUUAUAAUCCAGAUAAGAAUUCAUACGAGAAGUGCUGUAGCCUUCAUAAGGUACAAUGUAGGUACGGUGUGCAUUGUAUACAAACACUGCUUCCAGUUGCACCUUGGCGCCGAUUCUAAAUAUUUCUUCAGAUAUUAUUUUCCUCCUGCGACGAAAGGGGUCAAGUUAAGAUCCGACAUCUGUUGGGCUGGUUUCCCAGACACAGAUUAAGCCUCGUCCUGGACUUUAAAUGAAGUAUCUUCAUUGAGCAUGCUUCUUCGUCCAGGACUACCUCUGUGUUUGGAAACCAGCCCAUCAUCAAUUCAAAUUCAAUUCAAUUCAAUCAUGUAGAAAUGUAAUUGUAGUAGGCAAUUAAAAUGUUCCUUACUGAACAAUGUUAUCUGACUUUUACAUUUAAAUUACUAUAUAUUUUUUUACAUGUACCACCAAUCUGUUUUAACCGUAACACAAAAGUAGUAGAGCUUACUUCCAUUGCUCAAUUUAUUAUACUAGCACUACUAGUCCUUGUUUGAAUGUCCUCACAUUUUAAUAUGGAUCUGUUCUGUGUUGGGAUUCUACAGAAGAACCCACACUUGGUCCACAUGGCAGAGGAGAGGCGUGGGGUGGAACACCUCCACAUGGACAUGGUGGUGAACGUGAGUCGUACAGGGCACCUCAACACACACAUCCACAACCUGUGUAAGGAGGCCCACGAGGGGUUUUAUACCCGGACGGCCGACACCAAGCAUUGGCUGGAUGAAGGUAAGUUUGGCUUCCAUUGAGAUGCUCUGUAAGUGUUUGGGUGUUUAAAGGAACGUCUUCAUUCUAUCUAUCCUAGCUUUCAUUUCCAUUGUGUUGCCUAAGGUUCCCUUUGCUUUUGGAUGUACAGUGGGGGAAAAAAGUAUUUAGUCAGCCACCAAUUGUGCAAGUUCUCCCACUUAAAAAGAUGAGAGAGGCCUGUAAUUUUCAUCAUAGGUACACGUCAACAAUGACAGACAAAAUGAGAAAAAGAAAUCCAGAAAAUCACAUUGUAGGAUUUUUAAUGAAUUUAUUUGCAAAUUAUGGUGGAUUUGGUGAAUAACAAAAGUUUCUCAAUACUUUGUUAUAUACCCUUUGUUGGCAAUGACACAGGUCAAACGUUUUCUGUAAGUCUUCACAAGGUUUUCACACACUGUUGCUGGUAUUUUGGCCCAUUCCUCCAUACAUAUCUCCUCUAGAGCAGUGAUGUUUUGGGGCUGUCGCUGGGCAACACGGACUUUCAACUCCCUCCAAAGAUUUUCUAUGGGGUUGAGAUCUGGAGACUGGCUAGGCCACUCCAGGACCUUGAAAUGCUUCUUACGAAGCCACUCCUUCGUUGCCCGGGCGGUGUGUUUGGGAUCAUUGUCAUGCUGAAAGACCCAGCCACGUUUCAUCUUCAAUGCCCUUGCUGAUGGAAGGAGGUUUUCACUCAAAAUCUCACGAUACAUGGCCCCAUUCAUUCUUUCCUUUACACGGAUCAGUCGUCCUGGUCCCUUUGCAGAAAAACAGCCCCAAAGCAUGAUGUUUCCACCCCCAUGCUUCACAGUAGGUAUGGUGUUCUUUGGAUGCAACUCAGCAUUCUUUGUCCUCCAAACACGACGAGUUGAGUUUUUACCAAAAAGUUCUAUUUUGGUUUCAUCUGACCAUAUGACAUUCUCCCAAUCCUCUUCUGGAUCAUCCAAAUGCACUCUAGCAAACUUCAGACGGGCCUGGACUUGUACUGGCUUAAGCAGGGGGACACGUCUGGCACUGCAGGAUUUGAGUCCCUGGUGGCGUAGUGUGUUACUGAUGGUAGGCUUUGUUACUUUGGUCCCAGCUCUCUGCAGGUCAUUCACUAGGUCCCCCCGUGUGGUUCUGGGAUUUUUGCUCACCGUUCUUGUGAUCAUUUUGACCCCACGGGGUGAGAUCUUGCGUGGAGCCCCAGAUCGAGGGAGAUUAUCAGUGGUCUUGUAUGUCUUCCAUUUCCUAAUAAUUGCUCCCACAGUUGAUUUCUUCAAACCAAGCUGCUUACCUAUUGCAGAUUCAGUCUUCCCAGCCUGGUGCAGGUAGCUUAGUGGUUAAGAGCGUAGUGCCAGUAACCGAAAGGUAGCUGGUUCUAAUCCCCGAGCCGACUAGGUGAAAAAUCUGUUGAUGUGCCCUUGAGCAAGGCACUUAACCCUAAUUGCUCCUGUAAGUCGCUCUGGAUAAGAGCGUCUGCUAAAUGACUAAAAUGUAAAUGUAUUUGUGGUCCUCUGUAGCUCAGCUGGUAGAGCACGGCGCUUGUAACGCCAGGGUAGUGGGUUUGAUCUCCGGGACCACCCAUACGUAAAAAUGUAUGCACGCAUGACUGUAAGUCGCUUUGGAUAAAAGCGUCUGCUAAAUGGCAUAUUAUUAUUACAAUUUUGUUUCUGGUGUCCUUUGACAGCUCUUUGGUCUUGGCCAUAGUGGAGUUUGGAGUGUGACUGUUUGAGGUUGUGGACAGGUGUCUUUUAUACUGAUAACAAGUUCAAACAGGUGCCAUUAAUACAGGUAACGAGUGGAGGACAGAGGAGCCUCUUAAAGAAGAAGUUACAGGUCUGUGAGAGCCAGAAAUCUUGCUUGUUUGUAGGUGACCAAAUACUUAUUUUCCACCAUAAUUUGCAAAUAAAUUCAUAAAAAUCCUACAAUGUGAUUUUCUGGAUUUUUUUCUCUCUCUUUUUGUCUGUCAUAGUUGACGUGUACCUAUGAUGAAAAUUACAGGCCUCUCUCAUCUUUUUAAGUGGGAGAACUUGCACAAUUGGUGGCUGACUAAAUACUUUUUUCCCCCACUGUAUGUCUGCACAGCCAUAGAGUUCAUUGCCAUACAGUUCAAUAGAAAUUCCUUGAUCGAAAGUCACAAUUUAAAAUCUCUCUCUCUCCAGGAAUAGAGGCCAUUGAAUUUGAGCCCCUGCCCCAGACAGCGGACGCCGCUGGUCUGCAGCGAUGCCCCUCCACUCUGGAUAUGUGGCAGCCCUGCAUCUGCAGCUAUUUCCUGCGUCUGGAGUGGCUCCCCUGCAUGCUCAAAUACUGCCGCAGCCGCCUGGCCGUGGCUGGAAGGGCCAACCCCUAUAAGUGUGGCAUCAGGAGCUGCAGCAAGGGCUACCGCUUCGACUACUACGUCCCCCAUAGACAGCUCUGCCCAUGGGACGAGGAGACCUAA